CUGGUCACCUCUCCUACUGUUCUCUCUGGGCAGCCCAUUGUUCCUCGGAGGGGCGGCAACGCUUGGAUGUAUCAACGAGGACGAAGGAAGGCACCAGUUCGGAUCAGCAGGAGGUUUCCACUGCCCCUGGGUGCCGUGGCUUCCCCUUGCCAGCAUUCUUGUCAACGUUUAUCUCAUGGCCAACCUUGG